AUGGAGACCACCAAAAAGCCAUUGACAGAACUUCGCUACUUGCACAAAUUUUUCUACGUUUACUUUGUUGAUAUCAAGGUUCGUUAUGUCAUUAAAGACGUUGAGCUUCCUGAUGAAAAUUUGCACAUCAAAGUGCAAAACUUUCUAGUAUUUGACAGUGUCCUUCAAAGUCUUGGCCAGCCAAAGCUGCUCAUUUCCUUGAAACACACCAGUACCCCUUUCAAGGUGUUGGAUCCCAACAAUGUUCAAAAUAACGAGUUCAACGAAUUCAUGGGACAAAUGUCUAUCAACUAUUCAGGUGUAGUUUUGGACACACCAAUAGUCCAUGACUCGAUAUUUCAUGAUGGAACUCCUGCAGUGGUGGUCAACCUUUCACAGCUCAAGACAGUUGACUAUGACAUCCGGUUCUUGAUCUACAAAUUGUUCGAAACUUCGAGUCACGUUUGGGAUUCAAAAUAUUAUUUGGUUUUUGAUUUCAGUGAGUACUCACCGAUGCUGGGAUUGGCAAAAUCAUACGUUUUCUUGUUGAAGACCUAUGCUCCUCCUCAGCUUAUGCAAAACUGCUCCAAGGUCUUUUAUUUUAACAUACCUCGAAGAAGAAUAGGCGAUAUUUUGUCACUUGUCAGAAAGCACCGAAUUGAAGAUGCCGAAACCCCAACCAAGGUUUACACAUACUCACAAUCAAGCCCUUUAGAAAUUGUCAAUAAUUUGUGCCUUCGUGACCUGACUGUCGGCAUUUCCAGAGACACUCGUGUGUCGUUCAAGAAGGUCAAAGCUUAUGAUGCAGAAACAAAGACUUUUACCCCAGUGACCUUGAAGCUUGGUCGACAAUGGCUACAGAUUGUUGAGGACAAGAUAAAGCCUUUUGCAGGGAAAUACAGUGCCACUGAAGGGUAUACUCCUCUUGAUGUGGUGAGACUUUCCAAUCUUGUGAAAUGUGAAAUCUCACGUUUUAGUGGAGAGGCCAAUGAGUUUACCUUUUAUAUCAAUGAUGGCAGUCAGCAAACGUUCGUCUCACUGGAAAGGCUGGAAAUUUUACGUUUCAUCUACUUUGCGACCUCCAGGUUGCCGAAGCAAAUCAACUACUCGGAGGAUACAGAAUCUGAUUCUGCAGACUCGAAUCUUCACUGGUUUGGUCGAUUGCACAAUAUUGUGUUUCACGGACUACUCUCGCCAGUUACCGAAGUCCGGCAAUCUGCCUCCUUGUUGUUUGCUUCGUUGUCCACCUUUUAUGAUCUAGACUAUCGCAUGCCUGGAGAUCAUGCCAAGGAAAUUGCGUUUCCGUCUGAUACCACCGAUUUCAUUGUCUCGACCUCCGCUUAUUUGGCAAAGACAGAGCCAACUCUCUCAUACAAGUUUUUCAAGGCUUUCUUUGACUACUAUGAAAAGCUUCCAGAGGAGAACAGAUUGAGUGCAGUGAUGUAUAUUUCGCCCUGGAUCGACAACAUCACAGACUACAUUUUUCUCGAAAGUGUCGACACGGGGCCAGCGAGAGUGGCUGAUAUUGUUCGUAAUCUCUGCCGAAUCUCGGCAAUGGAUAAAGAUAAUAUCGCUUGCUAUAAUGAUUAUGUGUGGAAAAAACUUUGUUUAGAGACUCGGAUUUUGAACAUUCUUUUAGACGAAGUUGUUGCUUUUGCUAUCAACAACAAGAACGAUGGUCCAAACUGGUCGUUUAUAAUUGGCGCCAUAUCCCCCUCAGUGGAAAUUUGUGGAGAAGUCAUCUCAAGAUUGUUAUCCUGCAUUGCCAAAACAAGAAGCUCAGACUCCGAAAUAGCUUCGCUGAGUAAAGUGUUUGAGAUCAAGGUUCUUGUUAAGAUCUGUGGCUCACUCUUCUUCAAUUCUUACGUGCUUGCAGAAAUGUACUUGGCAGACGUUAUCUUCUUCUGCACCCUCUUCAUUGACAAUCCCACAUUGCAGUUGGGUGAAGACUUACAGCGGUUGGUUAUCAAUGCCAUACACUCUUUCUUGAAGAAACCCGAUGUGACACCCCGAGAAAUGGAAAUUGUGUCCAACACAUUGACGUUUUUUACAAGUCAAAGAGCCCGUAUGUUAUUCGGCAUGGCUCGUGAACAUAAUCGAACCUAUUCUGAAAUUGGACAGAUCUUUAAUAGGGCUUCAAGCUUUGAGGUUCUUUGUGAUUAUCUUAGCGAGCUUGUUCAAACUCUCGGUGAUCCUGCCCUGAGAACUAAUUGGAUCGCAAGAUGGUGUUCUUAUGCCAUAGAUGUGGCAUUCAUGCGUGCUUCAUCGUUUCAAACCAGAGCCAUUCUUCUUGUUGGAAUUGUUUCAAAGAAAGGUAUAAACGAUUCGACCGCUACCAGAAUACUCAAGUUGAUAAGUAAGCAUGCUGUGUUCUCCUUGGACUACUUGAUCAAUACGUCCACUUCUAUAGCACGCAUCUUGAGUGGAGUUUCUUCUUCAUCAUACCUUCCUUCGGUUAUGAUAUGGGCAUCAUUAAGUUCUGCGCUGAUGAGUUAUUCUGCAUUUUAUCAACCAGCAGUUCAAACUAUUGUUACCAUACGGAAAAAGCUUAUACCGUAUGGUCAUGAUUAUUUGGAAAAAAUAUUUGCUGAUCGUGUUAUUCUUGAGCCUUUGUUGAGUUCUUUUGAGCAAGAACAAGAGGUAACUGUCACUAAACUCAACUACGAGACCUAUGUGUUUGCUAUUUUAUCGCAAGGAUUGAAGCUUCCUCACUUGAGACAUACGUCUAUUGUUUGCAUGCGAGAGUACUGUCGCUUAAUCAAAGAGUCAGUUGGUUCCACCCUGUUGAUUAUGCGGUAUCUUUUCUUCUUAUACCUCAGCGUUUCAGAACCACAAUUUGAAGCCAUACUGAACGAGCUUGGCUUGGAAACUAGCGACAGGAUACGGGUCAGAGAAGGGUCAAUUCCCAAAUUAAUUCUUGACUACUUCUCCGAGCGGACAAGCGAUUCUGAUCUUACAAUUAUUACCGCCUGUCAUUUCUUCAAGACCGAGUCGUGUGACAAUGUGUUCAGAACCCGUCUUUUGCAUCUUUUCGAUUACCUCGUUGAGAACGACGUCAAUCUCUUGUUAUUGAUUUACCCUUUGAUCAAGGGAACCUUGGAGACGAUAGUUCUUAAUAAUGGUUCGGUGGAAUCUUUGAGUUCUGCGUCCAAGAUAGCUAUGAGUAUGACUUCAAGAAAAGACUACUCCAUUGAAGACUACGCCAAACGCUCAAAUACCAUUGUCAUGAAUUCAGGAGUCCGCUUUAUCGAUGGCCACGAGCUUAAGCGGCUACAGGUUGAGCUGCCUGACGAGUUGAUUCCAACCGAGGUCUUAGAGCAAGCUCGAAAGAUCCAGGAGAUGAUAUAUCGUGCAGCUUGCUCGUACGUCGAAGGACAACGAUUGGAAGACUAA